CGGCUCGCCGGGCUGGCCUGGCGCAGACCUGCUCCCCAGGCCUCUGCAUUUUUGCAUCUUUUUCUCAUCGCGGGGCGGCUUGUCUUUAAAAGGCUAAAUGCUCAGCACUAAAUUUGGUCACACAGAGCGCGCUCCAAGAUUCCCUGGAAUGUCCUCAAGUUUCAGCCGCUCUGACAGGGAGCUGGGCCCGCCCCUUCGGGGGGGGACUGGCCUCUCCUCCCCGCCCGCCGGCCGGGCAGGCGCUGGGGCUCAUUGGCUGCUGGGCCGACCGCUGGUCCACUCGCCCGCCCGCCCCGUCGGCCGGAGGAGGCUGCUAGCAGCUCCCAGUAAAUCGCCCAGCACCUGCCUCGCGCGCCCGCGGGCAGAGGAGCCCCGUCCUCAAGCAGCUGGGGGGUCGCUCCACGCCCAUCAGCUCCGUCCAGACCCACCUGUCCUGCCCGCAGCGGCCCCCCUCCCCGCCCGGCCACCACCCGCCCCCCCAAGAGGCGCACCCUGUUGCCAAGAUGUCCAAGGUCGCCAAGUACCGCCGGCAGGUGAGCGAGGACCCCGACAUCGACAGCCUGCUGUCCACGCUGUCCCCCGAGGAGAUGGAGGAGCUGGAGAAGGAGCUGGACGUGGCGGACCCCGACAGCAGCGUGCCCGUGGGGCUGCGGCAGCGGAACCAGACGGAGAAGCCGGCCACGGGCAGCUACGACCGCGAGGCCAUGCUCACCUUCUGCGAGAAGGAGACCAAGAAGCUCAUCCAGCGGGAGCUGUCCCAGGACGUGGACGAAAGCAAGCAAGCGGAGACCAAGACAGAUGCCAAGAACGGCGGGGAGAGGGGCCGCGAGGCCGGCAGGAAGGCCCUGGGCCCCAGGCAGGACUCGGACGCGGGGCGGGCGCCCCGGCGGGGGGUCCUGAAGAAGGGCUUCUCUCGAGACAAGGAUGAUGCUGAGGCCAAAGGCGCCCCGCAGCCCAGGGAAGAGAAGCUCAUCCGGGGCAUCGACCGGGGCCGGGUCAGGGCGGCCGUGGACAAGACCGAAGGGGGGGGCAGUGGGCGGGGCGACGGCCAGGCCCCCAGGAAGGAGGAGGAGCCGAGAGGGGGGCCCAGGAGCACUGGCCUGAGCAGAGACAAGGAUGAGAAGCAAGAGGACGGGAAGGGAAAAGGAGGGGGAGAGCACAAGGAGGCUGCACGGAAGGAGGCCCCAGCGAGCCGAGCCAGUGCGGGAGCCAGUGCAGGCCCAGCCACCAGGAAGGAGGCCCCAGCGAGCGGAGCCAGUGCGGGAGCCAGUGCAGGCCCAGCCACCAGGAAGGAGGCCCCAGCGAGCGGAGCCAGUGCGGGAGCCAGUGCAGGCCCAGCCACCAGGAAGGAGGAGGAGAAGGUCAGCCAGGAGGCGCCCCCCAGCCUCAAGGCGCCCGCAGAGGAGAAGCAGAGCGAGGCGGCCCAGAAGCCAGCCCCGGGGGGCCCCGCCAAGCCCCCCGAGGGCCCGGCCCCCGGGGAGGAGGAGGCGGCCCCCAGCAUCUUCGACGAGCCGCUGGAGCGCGUGAGGAGCAACGACCCCAGCAUGACGGAGGUGAACGUCAACAACUCGGACUGCAUCACCCCCGAGAUCCUGGUGCGCUUCGCCGAGGCCCUGGAGUUCAACACGGCCGUGCGGGUGUUCGCCCUGGCCAACACGCGGGCCGACGACCACGUGGCCUUCGCCAUCGCCAUCAUGCUCAAGGCCAACAGGACCAUCACCAGCCUCAACCUGGACUCCAACCACAUCACGGGCAAGGGCAUCCUGGCCAUCUUCCGGGCGCUGCUGCAGAACAGCACGCUCACCGAGCUGCGCUUCCACAACCAGCGCCACAUCUGCGGGGGCAAGACCGAGAUGGAGAUCGCGGGGCUGCUCAAGGACAACACCACGCUGCUCAAGCUGGGCUACCACUUCGAGCUGGCCGGGCCCCGCAUGACCGUCACCAACCUGCUCAGCCGCAACAUGGACCGCCAGCGGCAGCGGCGGCUGCAGGAGAGGAAGGGGCUGCUGGAGGUGCCCAAGGUCAAGGUCGUGGCGCCCGCCAAGGGCUCCCCCAGCCCCUCCCCCCAGCCGUCUCCCAAGGCCUCGCCCAAGAACUCACCCAAGGGAGGGGGGGCUCCGGCCGCCCCGCCCCCACCUCCGCCGCCCCUGGCCCCGCCCCUGGCCCCGCCCCUGGCCCCACCCCUCAUGGUGGAGAACCUGAGGAACUCACUCUCCCCCGCCACCCAGAGGAAGUUGGGGGACAAGGCCCUCCCCCCACAGGAGAAGAACUCCCGCGACCAGCUGCUGGCCGCCAUCCGCUCCAGCAACCUCAAGCAGCUCAAGAAGGUGGAGGUGCCCAAGCUGCUGCAGUAGGGCCAGGCUGUGGGCACCGCCCCGGCCGCCCAGACCCGCCCCCGGCUGGCCUGCUGCGUCCCCUCUGCCCGGGGUCCUGAGGCCGGGCCACGCCCUCUCGUCCGGAUGUUUCUUCUCCGCGGGCCGAUGUUUCUGGGCAAGAAGAGUCCUUCAGGCACCGCUCGGAGGAGAUGGCGCGGGAGCCAGGGAGGAUGUGCACAGGGACCGGUCACGGCCCAGCCCCGCCCUCCAGGGCCAGGAUUCAGCUCUGAGGAGCCCUGGGCAAGGCUGCUGGGCUGGUGUGCAGGGCAGGGCAGACGAUGGGGAUGGAGAGGGACGGGGAUGGGGAUGUCCGCCCCCCUCCCCCCGGACUAACAGAGCCUGGACAGACGGACAGUGCCUGGGGAGGGAGGGACAGGCCGCAGCUGGACCUGAAGGUUUGAUGCCAAAGCAGACGUUUUCCUACACCCACUCGCUAUGUUGUGAAUCGCUGUCUUUCCAUAAGAUUUUGAUAAUAUAUUCCAGCCUUUCGCUGCG